AUGGAAUUCUCCCUCGUCGACGGCGAGAAGUUCUCGCCCUCCUGCUCCACGCUCGUCAUGCCCGCGCUUUCGAUCGGCAACGUGGGGCAGCUCGCCGUGGACCUGCUGAUUCCGUCGGCGAAGGCGAGGCGCGUGGCGUACCUCGACGAGCCCUCCGUGCUGCCCUGCAUCGGCAACGACGCCUUCGGACCGGACGCCGCGGGCGACCUCGCGCUCGCGCUCGAAGAGUAUGAAUCAAUGUCUCAUGGGCUGGCUUUCAUUCAACAAAGAUCUCCAAUUAUUACAGGGAUGAUGGUUUCGUUUGCAAAAAAUGUUGCUAAUUUCAUCAGUAGCAUUGGGAAGGACCAUGUUGUUAUCCUUUCAAGUUUAGACUCUGGCAAGAGAAGAGUAAUUGAUGCAUCCAGUGAUAUGCUGUAUUACCUUUCAAGUUGCAAUGAAGAUGGUUCUGAUCCAGAAUGUGAGAAACUAGGGUGGAAGAAACUUGAGGAAUAUGAUCCAUCUCAACGACUGUGGAAAUGUCUUGCUAGUCUAGUUGAGGGCGGUGUUCUUUUAGAAGACAUGGCUGAUGAUCCUGAAGAGAUGACCAUAAGUGAUUACUAUGCGACCUUGCCAUUUGCAGCUCUAUUCUUCGCCUGCAAGGCCAAAGGUUUGAAAGUUAGCUGUGUGUUAUGCUACUGUUCAGAAGGGGACAAUAUGCCAGAAUCUUUUCACUUGGCAGAGGCAGUAUGCAAACUUCUAGGUCAAGACCCUGAACAGUUCCACGAAAUGGGUCAAAUGGAUGGACUAUUCCCUUGUCAUGGAAAUCAAUUUAUGGACCACCACCUGAUAUGUCUAUUUUCUAGACUGACUAACCUAGGAUAG